AUGGUCAAACCACUCUCGUUUAAAGGCGACAAAAAGUCCAAAAAGCGCAAGCAUCGCGAUGAAGACUCCGAAUCACGCCGCCCAAACCCAUUCAGCGACAAUGCCGUAGUCCCAGCAGCCGCAGCACAAGAUGAACAAGCCACGGACGAACAAAGCUGGGUGUCGGCCGACGUCGCUACAGACUUGAACGGACCUGUCGUAUUCGUGCUGCCAUCGACUCCACCUACGUGUAUUGCGUGCGACGCCAAUGGCAAGGUCUUUGCUAGCGAGCUUGAGAACGUGAUUGAGGGUGAUCCUAGUACGGCGGAACCGCACGAUGUGCGUCAAGUUUGGGUUGCAACGAAAGUUGCUGGGGCAGAGGGGUUUAGUUUCAAGGGUCAUCAUGGCCGGUAUAUUUUCAUUCUUUGGACACCCAAGUAUGGAGGGGAAACAGUUACGGCAUGGUACGCUAACGCAGGCACAAGGUAUCUGAGCUGCGACAAGUAUGGCAUUAUAAGCGCGAAUGCCUCCGCAAUAUCACCCGCUGAAUCCUUCAUUCCUAUUCAAGCACACGACACACCCGGCAUGCUUGCGUUCCAGACCCGAGGCGGCGAAAGCGAAACGGAUACAUUCGUGACCAUUCAGGAAGACUCGGGCAAGGGCUCGGGCGCCGUCGAGAUCCGGGGAGAUGCGUCAAGUAUAACAUUUGAAUCUACAAUCCGCGUUCGUAUGCAGGCACGAUUCAAGCCGAAGCUCAAGGCUUCCAGAGAAACCAAAGCCAGGGAGAAGAUUUCAAGGAGAGAGCUUGAAGCGGCCGUGGGAAGGAGGCUAGAAGACGAUGAGGUCAAGCGGCUCAAGAAAGCCAGAAAAGAGGGAAAUUACCAUGAGGAGAUUCUUGACGUGCGGGUCAGUGGCAAGCAUGACAAGUUUGCGUCGUGA